AUGGCUACCACUUCAACGCCUGACCUUGCAGCGCUCUUCGCACACGAUGAGGGAAAGGUGCGAGAUGCGGAGAUCACCCAAGUCCUUUGUGACCGCUUGGAUGUAUCAGCUCCCUAUACAUGGGCCUCGCCCACGAUGCUUGUUGCCACGAAUCCAUACUUUGAUACAUCUCAGAUGGAUCAAGAGGCAGCAGAAGCAGCAUCUGUCCAUGCCCAUGUGCCAUCGCUUCAGCCACAUCCAUACUCAUUGGCGGCACGUGUCUAUCACAAAAUGCUCCGCACGAAGCGGUCUCAAGCGAUCCAGUACCAUGGCAUAACUGAUGCAGGGAAGACUCACACAAUGCAACGUGUGACUGAGCACCUCCUCGCGCUUUCUGCAUCGCACUCUCAGCGCGAAUCAAGCAUAGCAGAUCAGAUUCAAUGUGCGCAGCACAUUCUUCAAGCUUUUGGACAGGCCAAGACAGCGAUCAACCACCAAGCAUCGCGGCAUGCCACAUAUUGGGAACUACACUUCUCUACUCAUGGCCGACUUGCAGGCGGAAAAGUGCUUGUUUGGGGCCUUGAUAAGCACCGCCUGCAUGAUCUCGAUGUGAACGAGCGUUCCUAUGCGAUUUUUUACCAGCUUCUCGCAGGCGCCUCGCGGAAAGAGCGAACGGAGUACCGACUGGAUGACGUCGCAUUGGGCUCCGCUGUGCCGACACGAGAAGAUGCGCGCUCGUUUGAGUGGACACGCCGUGCAUUUGCAACGCUUGGACUCAAAGAGAAGCAUGUGCAGGGAGUACUGCGUGUACUUUCGGCGAUCCUUCAUCUGCAGGGUAUCGAGUUCGGCAUAUGGAAUAACCAGGUCACCGUGACCACACCCGAGGUGCUCACACGCUCCGCGGACAUCCUGCAAGUCAGUGCGUCGGACUUGCAACAGAGUCUUGUCAUGGAUACACAGUAUAUCAAGAAUGAGCGCUUGACGCGCAUCAUGGACGUUGACGGUGCACGUCGCCAGCGCGACACACUGAUCCAGAACAUGUAUGCAGUUCUGUUCUCGUUCCUCGUCGAGCUGAUGAACCAGAAACUCGUUCCGCGAUCGCCAUCACCAUUGCAUGUUGUGCAAUUCGAUCCACCUGGUUUUCUCUCUCGUGGACAACUUCUAGAUGGGCAAGAGCAUCAAGGCAUUCUGAGCGAUUAUGCACAUGCCUUCCACGCCGUGCUCGACGGCGAGCGCACCGAAGAGGACGAUGCUGCGUUGUUCCGUGACCUAGAAGCGCACAAUGAGCACCGUGCAUUUAUUGCAUCUCGCUUACCCAAUGGUACAUACUCGUUCGAUAUCAACCAUGCUCUUGGUGCUUGCUCAUACUCAGUUGUAUCGCAUCAGCGCUCGGAGCUCGAUCUUCUUCCCACGCAGCAGCUGCAGACACUACGUGCAUCCCGCGCCGCCUUCAUUGCUCGUCUUUUUGCAGGGCCCGGUCUCGCUGUCGAGUCGCGUUUGACCGACCAGCAAAUUGUGCUUCGUGCGCAAGUGUCCUCAUGCCCACUUCGUCGCGCGACGAGGCUGGGCCGUGUGCGUGUUACUUGGCCUGAGACUCGCAUCGCUGGUGUCAUGCAGCAAAUGGAUGCGAUCGUGCUCGCGUUGUUUCAAACAAUGCAGCAGGCAGACACAUGCUGGCAUGUUUUUUGCUUGCGAUCGAUGGAUCUCGUCAAGCUCUCAGUUUUUGACAAGCGGCGCGUGUCGUCACAGGUGCAUGCAUUGGGUCUUCCACGUCUAGUUCGCGCAAAACAGCAUGGUUACAUUCGCAUACCCCUCGACGAAUUCCAAGAACGUUUCGGAGAAGUCGAGCAUGUGGCCGGUAUGUACAGUUGGGCUUGCCCCGCGGAUUAUGCGGUUGGCACCUCCAAUGUGUAUGUGUCGUACAACGUCUGGUUUUCGCUUGAUGGGCAUGUAGGUCCAAUUCAUGCUGAGCACGCGCCCGUGCCGACCGUGCACGUAUCACCAGCAGAAGCUCAACAGUCGGAGCCGACUGAGCAGUACGCUUAUCGCGACAGCAUGCAAGAUAGACAGGGAAUGAUGCCUCUGAUGUCGACUUCUGCUGCUCUUGACUCUGAGACAUCGCUUCUCAAAAAGGAUGAGUCGUUCAUGGACGAGCCGCGCGAGUCCAAUGGUGAUGUACCGCUCUUAGGUGCAACGACGGCACGUCCAGCGACCUCAUCGUGGCAAGAUGAAGCAGGUCUGCGAAACGAGAUGCAGAUGAGUGGCAUGGAUCCAAUAGAGCUCGAAGAAGAGCCUGUCACACCGAUGCGCAAAUGGUGGGUGCGCCUCACCUGGGCUAUCACAUGGUGGAUGCCUGAUUCUGUGCUAAGUCAUGUCCUGAAGAAAAAACGUCCGGACGUGCGCAUGGCAUGGCGCGAAAAAGUCACGAUCUGUACGCUGAUCUUCUUGUUUUGUGCUCUCAUCCUCUUUUACAUUAUUGGAUUGGGACGUAUCUUGUGUCCGAAUUUUGAUCGCGCAUGGAAUGAGGGUCAGCUGAGCGAGCAUGACGGUGGAAAAUCAUUUUACGUGGCUAUCGCGGGCGAAGUGUAUGAUAAGCCUAAGUUCUACAAGCUGGACCAUUCCGAUAUCCCGAGCCGUCCAGUGACAAAUGAUGUGAUGAUGGAGCUUGCCGGCAAAGACUUAACGCCAUACUUCCCUGUGCCCUUGAAUCUUGGCUGCCGUGGCCUUGUGUCAGAUGCAUCGUUAGAGCUCACGCCGAACGAGAACUUAACAGCUCAAAUUCCGCAGGCCAUUCACAAGUCUGGCUCUGCGCAAACGAACAACAAUACAAAGCUCAAUAAUCAGAACUGGUACUAUCAUACAUUUUUGCCGCGCAUGAAGUCGUACCACAAGGGCGCCUAUGUUUACGACACAAAGGCGCUCGAGGAAGACGGCUCCUGGCGCAAUUGGGCCGUCGUGGACGAGACUGUGUACGACCUAACGAACUAUCUGAAUACGCAGCAAAGGAAUCCAGGCGUUGAUGCGUACUCGUUUUUGCCGAGCGAUAUUGUCGAUCUCUUCGAAGCCCAGGCGGGCAGUGACAUUACCAAUGACUUUCGUCGCGCCAUGGACAAGCUCAAUGGUAACACACGGCAGCAAACGCAGCACUGCCUCGAUCAAGUGUUCCGUGUGGGCCAAAAGGAUUUUCGGACAGAGCCGCAAUGUGUCGUGCAGAACUACUUGCUACUGUCUUUCUCCAUUUCUUUAUUCUUUGCUCGAUUCUUGGGCAAAAGUUUUAUUAGUUGCUCUCCAAUUUGGCGCAUCGACCAUCGCCGGAGCAGCAGGAUCGUUUCGUUAUUUGCCAUAUUACCAUGCUAUACGGAGGGCGAGGAGUCACUCCGCAAAACCAUUGAAUCGAUCACAACACAAGAGUACGAUGACAAGCGCAAGCUCUUGUUCAUCGUGUGUGACGGCAUGAUUGUCGGUGGUGGAAAUGAGCAGCCAACGCCGCGCAUCGUACUUGACAUUCUGGGUGUCGAUCGGCAGGUAGAUCCAGAACCGUUGCCAUUCAAGUCUGUCGCGAAUGGAUCCAAGCAGUUGAACUACGGCAAAGUGUACUCGGGUCUUUUCGAGUGCGAGGGUCAUGUGGUCCCUUUUAUUGUCGUCGUGAAAGUCGGCCGUCCAAGUGAGCGCUCGCGCCCCGGUAAUCGCGGCAAGCGUGACACACAAAUUAUGCUCAUGCGGUACCUCAAUCGUGUUCACUUUGACACACCUAUGUUCCCAUUGGAGCUUGAACUCUAUCACCACAUGAAGCAUGUGAUUGGCAUCGACCCUUUUAUGUACGAGUUCAUUCUUAUGGUCGAUGCGGACACGUCCAUUGAACCAGAUGGUUUAAAUCGGCUGGUCGCGGCGGCUGUCGAUGACCCGCGCACGAUUGCCGUGUGUGGCGAGACGCUGCUGGACAAUGAGGGCACAACAUUCUGGACAAUGAUCCAGGUGUACGAAUAUUAUAUCUCGCACAAUCUCGCGAAAGCAUUCGAGUCGCUUUUCGGCAGUGUGACUUGUUUGCCGGGUUGCUUCUCGAUGUACCGCUUACGAUCGUCAGACAAGGGCCGUCCGUUGUUUAUCUCGGACAAGAUUAUCGAUGACUACAGCGAGACUAAAAUUGACACCUUGCACAAGAUGAACCUGUUUGCCCUCGGUGAAGACAGAUACCUGACAACACUUUUGCUCAAGCAUUUCCCUUUGUACUGCACGAAGUUCCGAAGCGAUGCACAAGCACUUACAUCUGCACCUGACUCAUUCUCUGUACUGCUGUCUCAGCGGCGCCGAUGGAUCAAUUCAACCGUCCAUAAUCUUGUUGAGCUCGUGCGCAUGAAAGGCCUUUGUGGGUUCUGUCUGUUCUCCAUGCGUUUUAUUGUGUUUAUCGACUUGGUUGGCACGAUCAUAUUGCCAGCGACUGCUGUGUAUAUGGUAUAUCUCAUUGUUACAGUGGCUACAGGGAAUGGCCCUAUUCCAAUCAUAGCUAUCGCGAUGAUCGGGGCUGUGUAUGGCCUGCAAGCCAUCAUAUUUUUGCUCAAGCGCCAAUGGCAGUAUAUUGGGUGGAUGAUCAUCUACCUGAUUGCAUUCCCCAUCUAUGCCUUCCUUCUUCCAAUCUACUCAUUCUGGCACAUGGACGACUUUUCUUGGGGCAAUACGCGUAUUGUCGUGGGCGAAAAGGGAAACAAGAAAGUCGUUGCUGGUACAGACGAUGAGCCCUACCAUGACUCGAUGAUUCCCCGCAAGACCGUUACUGAGUACCAGCAGGAACUCUAUGCAAACGAACAACCUCUGACGAAUGAAAUGCUCUUGUAUGAUAUGAUGCCACCGUCCAAGAGCAUGGCCCACUCCUCUUUUACCCCGAAUACCGAGCUGGACAUGUACGCUGACGAUUACUUCCAGCAUACAAAUCUACUGGAUGCGAAACGCAAAAGGCAGUCGAAUCGUCAGUCGUUAGGAUCCGCCAUGUGGAUGCCAACGCCCAGCUACGGCCACGAAUCUUCUUCGAUGCUCCACAGCAUGUUUGCACCCUCUCUUCCUAUGUACAGUAUGACGCCCCUCGGCCCUAUGUAUGGUAGCGGCAUGCCACCCCCCAUGUUUCCAGCACCGCCCUCUGAUUGGCGUACGUCCAUGAUGAGCACUGGAAUUCCUGGUGGCAGCGUGUCAGAGCAGCACUUAUCAGCGUCAUCCCUGCCGAUGGACUACUCCGAAAACCCGACUGAUGAGCAGAUUCGUGCACAAAUUCGCACGUACCUCGCCACUCAGCCAAGUCUGAUGCAGGUCACAAAACGCAAUGUUCGCGACGCUGUGGCCACAUCCAUGCCCAAUGCCGAUAUUCAGUCGAAAAAGGCCCUCAUUAAUCGGAUGAUCGAUGACAUGCUCUCCGGUCAUACGUAA